UUCUCUGUUUUAGGGUUUUUCCAUGAGAAAUCUUUCACAUUACCACCUUACAUUUCAUAAAGGGUGCACGGUAUCCUAAAUCUUUCAUAAUCUUCAGUUCUUCACCCACACACGAGUGGUUGGGUGAGAGGUUUUCUCUCAGGGUUUUGCUAAAAUGCAACAAUCUUCGGUAAAACACUCCAUUUCGUGAAAAAAUCAAACGACUUUUAUCUUUAUAACCAAGAAAUGGAGGACGUGGAUGAUGAUUUCGGCGAUUUAUACGCAGAUGUUGAAGUGGAAGCAAGCUCAGCCAUGAAUGUUGCUCCACAAUUUUCUCAAUUACAGUUUGUAAGCGAUGAAACUGGUAAGCAGAACAGUGCUUUAGAGGCGAGUAGUGAUAAAGAGGACAGAGUAAGUGAUGGCGAUGAGGACGACGAAGACGAUGAUGAUGAUUUGAAUAUCGUCUUGAAUAGAGACGAUGAUAGUCUAAGGCAUGGGGAGGGUUUAACAAUUUCACGGACUAAUACGAAUUUGCGGAGUGGAGAGUUAGAAGAUGAAGACGAUGAUAAUAUCGGUAAAGAAGAAAUUGCGGGAGGGAAAGCGGUCGGUAAUUCGCAUUCACUGUACAAGUAUUCAAGAUCUCAAUCAGCAGCAUAUGGAAGUGAAUCAAAAGGAAAUGGAUGUGUGGCAGCAGCUUAUUUAUCCCGGGAGGAUAAUGGGUAUAUUCAGCGAUCAAUGGGACCUCAACAUGCACAAAGAUUCUCACUUCCUUGGUCUAGGAGCAUACUAGAUGUAAAUAUUGAUGUAUUUGAGCAGAAGCAUUGGAAGCAUCCUGGAGCAGAUAUAACUGACUAUUUCAAUUUUGGGUUGAAUGAAGAUACUUGGAAGCUUUAUUGCAACCAAGUGGAUGAAUAUCGUCAUAGAGGACCAAUGUCAAGUGGGAGUCCAGUGUCAGAGCCUACACAAUCAACGGAGAUGAAAGGAAGGGCAAUUCAGGUAGAAGACAGCAUUGUUGAACGACAAUCAUCCAUGGAUAUAAGGCGUCAACUGGAUCGUGAUUCAGAUGUUAUACAAAUCACCAUUGUGGAUCCAGAGGAACAUUGUUGUGAGUCUGUACAAGAAGGAUCUGGUAAUCUUGAGACUUCUGUUCCAGAAGCUUCUACUCAUGGAGAUGUUAGUGGGGAUGAUAGAACAGAUCAUCUUUCUUUUAGUAGUUCAAGUGAAGAUGAAUCUUUUGAAGGGAAUCAUUUGGAGAGUGAAAUAGUUGCACUUAAAAGGGGUUCUAAUGGAAGAAGUAGAAGUAAGCCUGUGACACAAGAUUCUAAAAAACACGAAAUCCAUCAAUGUUCAGGAGGAACUGAUGAAGCAAUCAAAACUUCAGACAACACAAAGGAAAGAACAGGUGAGGAUACAUGCACCACAGACCUAUCCAUCAUGCCUGCAGAAUCAUCAGAGGCUGAAAAGAGCCCUAAAAACCAUUGCAAAUCAUUUGAAGAUAGGUGGAAAUCUUAUAGUCAUGAGAGGUGUUCAUCUACUGAGUUGACUCGGUCAAGGAAGCCUGGUUAUCAUCAUUCAGAGAGCUUGAAAAUAUCAGAUAAGUAUCAUAGAUAUCAUUCAAGAUAUCAUAGUCCUGUAUAUAACGAUAGGACCCGUAAAGAUUCUAAACCCAAAUAUCACCAUGAAAAUGAUGACAUCAUCUUCUCAAGAAGACGAGAUGAAGAAAGAAAACAUGGGGAGCAUAAAUAUCAUGGAAGACACAGUACUCCUGUAUAUAAUCAUAGGACCUAUGACUAUGAGAGACUGCAUCCUUUCGAUCCUUAUAAUGAGGAAGGCAUGUUAUAUUCAAAAGAAUCGGAACCUCCUCUUGAUUAUUACCAUGGUGAAAGGUUUUCUGAGUAUGAAAGAUUUGGACCCAAACUGGGUCGACCCGUUUUCAGAAGUUUAGAAGAGGAGGAAUAUUAUGAUGAACAAAGAAGAUAUAACGAUGAGUUUGGUAGAAGGAAAGGAAAUAAUGUGCAUUUUGGAGAUAAAGGAAUACAUGAUGAAUUUUUUCUUGAACGGGAAUAUUCCCAAGAUAUAAAAGGUGAAAAUUUUAGAUCUUUUGCUUAUAAUGAUGACAUGGAAAAAGAUGAAUAUGAACAUGUAAAUCCUGAAGCAUAUACCAGAUGGGAAUUUAGAAGCCCUGGAACAAAUAAAAGGAAGAUUGGUAGUUCAUCUGCUGAAUUAAGUAACCCUUUGCCAAAAAUGGAAGAAUCCCAUAUCAAUAAUGGAAGAUGGCAUUAUGACAUGAUGCCUAGAAGUAGUUUAUAUGGAAGACAAAGGAGAUACGAAGGGGAAUUGAGUGAAAGAUUUAGAUACGAUGAUUCUGGACCUUUUGAUCACACAAUUGAUUAUGAUGAUCGUGUGGAUGUGGUAAGAAGUAGGGACCACCAUUGGGAACCUGAAAUGCAAUGGAAAGAUGAUGACAUUAUGAUACCAUUUGAUGAUGCAUAUAUAAAAAGGCAUAAAUACAAGUUUGAAAAAGCUUCAAAUGUUAAGUAUGAAGGGGGUCAUGAAAAAAGAUUCCAAGGGAGAAGGGAUUCGGAUGGAGGGAAUUAUGAGUGGGUGUUUAUGAAUUCACAUUUGGUUGAUGAUUUAAAAAAUGCAGCAGAUGGGUGCGAGGGGUAUAAACGGAAAAGAGAAAUAGUAAUUAGUGGAAAAAAGUACGGAGAGAGUGGUAAAAAACCAUCACCCAGCUGCAGGAAUUCAUGCUUGGUUGUUCGGGAAGGAAAGUCUUCCAAAAGACUUCCAACAAAAGCAAUCCGCGAAUGUCAACGUUUGGACAUGGAGGAAGGUCAGAUUCUAGACACGGGACCCACAAAAGACGCAAAUGGGUCUCAUAAUCAAAAAGAAAAGACUGGGCUCGAUAAAUCUCGGAUUCUGGAGGCAAGGGCAAAAAUGGAAAAACGAAGAGCACGUUUUAACGAUACCACUAAAAUGGAAUCAGAUAACACAACAGCAACAUCAAAAAAGGUUGGAGUUGUGGAUUUGUUUCAAGAAAAGGGCUCAAAUAAACCACAAAGACCACAUAGAAAGCGGAGAUGGGGUGGAAGCUGAAAUGAUAACUAAAAUUCCUUAAUUUUUUGCUACACAAAGGUAAACAGGGCAAGAAUUUUUUUUAAAUUUCUUGGAAACAUAUUACCAGAUUCCUGUUCUUCUUUUUGUUAUUUGAUAUAACUGGUUUUUUUUAUUUUUUUACGAUGAAGGUUGUUUUCUAGAAACUUUUACAAGAAUUAACGACUUAUACAUGUGCUAUAUACCCG